GCCCCAUCUGAUCCGGUGCCGUGGACGCGGCCAAUGCACGGCACCGUCGGCCGCCCCACCUCGUGGCCCGGGUUGCCUGCCAUGCCACGUGGCUCCCUGUCACCGCGAGCUCAUCGAUUACUCACGCACGCGCUCCUACCUCCAUCCCGUGGCAUCACUCCAGUUCCGGAAGGCCAGACAAACUUCCUUCCAGAGACACCACCACCUCACAUCACAUCACAUCACAUCGCAUCACCGGCGAGGAGGCCAGCUCCGCUCCGACGAGCCCGCUCGCUCGCCAUGUCCAUCUCUCUGCGCCUCGCGCUCCCCACGGCCCGUCCCGCGCCCCCGCUGCGGCCGCGGGCGCGGAAUGCGGGCUGCGCCCCCGCCCCGCCCGCCUCCGCCCUGCGGACCGACGCGCUCAGGGGAUGCGCCUCGCUGCCGUUCAAGCAGCAGCCCGCGGGCGCGGCGCGGCCGUGCCGCCGCCGCGGCUCCGCCGCCGUGUGCCACGCGUCCGCCUACCUCAGCCCGCCCACCAUGCAGUGGGUCUCCGCCGCGGCCGCAGCAGUACUAUUUCUUGCUAAAGGCACAGGCAUACACAAACCCUUCCUCGUGCCAUUGUUUGCUCUGCAAGCACCUACCAGUGUAAUCUCAUGGAUCAAGAGUGAAUAUGGACUGUGGACUGCUUUUCUUGCACUUUUGGUGCGGUUGUUCUUCUCCGUUCCAGGUGACCUGGAGCUUCCACUUUCGACAAUGCUACUUGUCAGCGUUGCACCUUACCAGGUGAUGGAUCUGAGUGUGCUAUUGCUUGCUGAAGCCACAGGCAUACACAAGUCCUUCCUUGUGCCAUUGUUUGCUCUGCAAGCACCUCCCGGUGUAAUCUCAUGGAUCAAGAGUGAAUAUGGACCGUGGACUGCUUUUCUCGCGCUUUUGGUGCGUUUGUUCUUCCCCCUUCCAGGUGAACUGGAGCUUCCACUGUUGACGAUGCUACUUGUCAGUGUUGCUCCUUACCAGGUGAUGAACCUGAGCAUCUGUGCGUGCAAUAUGUCGGGGACUCCAUCUGAUGAUAUGACUGGUCAAGUGAGGCCUGAAGGAGAUGUUCCGGAUGUGAAAGUGGAAACUGCCGACCAGAAUAAAGUAAAUGAGAUGCCUUCACCACAGGAAGAGGAAGCAGUAAUCAAGAAAAAGUAUGGAGGGGUACUGCCCAAAAAGUCACCACUUAUAUCCAAGGACCAUGAGAGGGCUUACUUUGAUUCUGCUGAUUGGGCUCUGGGGAAGCAAGGAGGACAUCCUCAAAAACCUAAAGGACCGCUUGAAGCACUUCGACCAAAAUUACAGCCUACUCAACAGCAAGCCCGUUCACGCCGAUUUCUCCACGCAUCUGCUGACGGUGAAGAGGGUGCCAACUCGCCUACUGAGGCUACGAGCCAGAACCAGGAUUCCACCGAGACUGAGGACAAGGCCGAGACCAAGGAAUGUUACCCAAACCCUAAAAGCCCCUUCGUCCCAACAAACCCUAACCCACCCUUUGCGCCGCCACCUCCUCCAAACUCCAGCUUCCCGAUCCAAUCCGCCACCGCAACCAUGGGCUUCGACGUCGGCGUCGUCCCCUUCAACCCCGACGGCUGGGGCCCUCCCGAGACCCCGGCCGCGCCGCCGCUCCUCGGCGGCGCCGUCGCCACCGCCUCCAUCCCCUUCGCGCCCUUCUCCCGCUCCGACAAGCUGGGCCGCAUCGCCGACUGGACCCGCAACCCUGGCCACCCCGGCGCGCACGCCGCCGCCUCGCGCGAUUCCAUCUUCGACUUCUCCUCCGCCGACGACUCCCUCGCCGCCGCCGCCGAGGACUCCUCCUUCAGCCUCGUCGACGCCAAGCCGCCGCCGCGCCACCCGCGCUUCGGCCCCAAGUGGCGCUUCAACCAGCGCCCGCAGCUGCCCCAGCGCCGCGACGAGGAGGUCGAGGCCAAGCGCCGCGAGGCCGAGAAGGAGCGCGCCCGCCGCGAGCGCCACUACCAGAACCACCGCUCCCACCACCACCAGGGCUUCCGCGGCAACCAGGCCUCCCAGGCCAAGCCCUCGGUCGACAUCCAGCCCGACUGGACCAUGCUCGAGCAGAUCCCCUUCGCCAACUUCACCAAGCUCUCCUUCGCCGUCAACGACCAGCCCGAGGACCUCCUCGUCUGCGGCGCCGUCGAGUCCUACGACCGCACCUACGACCGCGUCAACCCCAAGACCCAGCGCCGCCUCGAGCGCUUCAAGAACCGCCACUUCUUCAAGAUCACCACCACCGACGACCCCGUCAUCCGCCGCCUCGCCGAGGAGGACAAGGCCACCGUCUUCGCCACCGAUGCCAUCCUCGCCGCGCUCAUGUGCACGCCACGCAGCAUCCUCUCCUGGGACAUCGUCGUGCAGCGCGUCGGCAACAAGCUCUUCUUCGACAAGCGUGAUGGCGCGCAGCUCGAUCUGCUCACUGUCAACGAGACUGCGCAGGAGCAGCUCCCGGAGAACAAGGACGACAUCAACUCGGCGCCGUCGCUUGCUGUCGAGGCCACCUACAUCAACCAGAACUUCUCGCAGCAGGUGCUGGUCCGCGACGGCGAGAAGGUUACCUUUGAUGAGCCUAACCCGUUUGCAACUGAGAAUGAGGAGGCCGCAUCUGUUUGCUACCGCUACCGCCGCUGGAAGCUGGACGACAGUAUCAGCAUCAUUGCUCGCUGUGAGGUGCAUGCUGCCAGCGUUGAUCCCAGCGGUGCUCGCCAGUUCCUGACGCUCAAUGCGCUCAAUGAGUUUGAUCCUAAGAUUACUGGUGUGGACUGGAAGCAGAAGCUUGAGAGCCAGCGUGGUGCCGUGCUCGCCACGGAGCUCAAGAACAAUGCCAACAAACUUGCUCGCUGGACAGCCCAGGCCUUGCUUUCUGGUGCUGACAUGAUGAAGCUGGGCUAUGUGUCGCGUGUGCAGCCCCGUGACCACUUCAACCACUCCAUUCUCACUGUCAUGGGGUACAAGCCAAGGGAUUUCGCUGCCCAGAUCAACCUCAACACUGCAAACAUGUGGGGGAUUGUCAAGUCACUCGUCGACAUAUGCAUGAAGUUUGAGGAGGGCAAGUAUGUGCUUGUCAAGGAUCCUGCAAAGCCACAGCUCAGGAUCUACCAGGUCCCGAAUGAUGCAUUUGAGAAUGAUUAUGUUGAAGAGCCACUUCCAGAGGAGGAGCAGGUUCGCCCAGCUACAGAUGAUGUCGACCUUACUGCUGAGGAGAUGGAUGCUGCUGCAGAGGCAGAGGCAAAUAAAGCUGCUACUCCUGGUGGUCAGGGUGAGAAGAGUGCAGAAACUACUGUUGCUUGAAGGGCAUAAUGGGUUAUCUUGCUUUAUCUAGAUAUGUCUUUUCUGGGUUUUUUUUUAUCUGUUUCGAUCAAUUAAAGAGUUGAACUGCCUGCUAUUGGCACUGUGGUCAUGUUUUGGUCUAUGAGAAACCUGUUACUCUUA